AUGGAGUUUGAAGAUGAAGUCUUCCCAUCACAGCUAGAGCAGCUUCUGCCCGAACUACAAGAGGACGACCCAACCGAUGACGGCCUCAAAUAUGAUGACUUCGUGUCGACCCUCAUAGGAGCGGACACAGAAAUGUUCAGAGAAGCUAUUCCCGCUCGUAUCAGAUACCUCCUAGACGCAGUGUCUCCUGAUGAUCCGUUACGUGGCAACCCACUAUCUAAGCCCCCACUCCCGAGCCUCAAAGCCGGCAGCGUUAUCCUCGAUGAUCCAUUCGUGCUGUCUGUCCAAGAGCCAGCGCAAGAGUCAGCCAGCGAGGAGGAAGCUAUCGAACUACUGAGUGUAGUGAUGAUCCAGCUCGUUGGGCAGUAUGUGCGACUACCGAUCGAGACCCGACGACAGCUUUCUGGCCUACAUCCACACAUUAGAGCAGGAACACGCGACUGGUUCUGCUUGCAUCUGAGGAAAAUAGGUGUCAACUUUAGCGAAUGCGAGUUAGAUUUCGUCGUAAGACUCUACUGCACAUUCAACACCAAUGAGUUCUCAAAGGCUAUGCCUGGUGGCGGGUUGAAUUGGAGAAUCGGCAGGCUGUUUCUCAUCACCAGUCGUAUCAACCACUCAUGCCAGCCAAACUCAAGAUCGAUGCAGACUUCGGAUGGGCACAAGGUUGUGACUGCCAUCCGCAACAUAGAGGAAGGGGAGGAAUUGACGCUGAGGUAUCUGGACCACAAGCUUUUCAGCCGCAGCGAGUGGCAGACAGAAACGCAACGUAUUUGGGGCUUUGUUUGCGACUGCCCUGGAUGCAGUUCGAAAUAG